AUGAAAAAUGACAAUCUAAUCUUUUCUGAAGCAAAGAUAAAUCAAUCAAAGCCUGGAAAGUUGAUUUUUUUCUUAAUUAAGCUUAUCUUCAUUGAUUAAACAAACACAAUAGUGAUGUAAUUUGAUUAAGUUUGAAUUAGUCAGAAAAUAUCUUAGUAUCUUGUGCAUAGUAAUAUGACCAAAUCAUCAUUUGGGAAAAAAUUAAGUAGAUUAAUUUUAAUCGAAACAUUUUGUUAAUAUGGAUAACAAUAUUAAUUAAAAAAAAUAUCAAUUUUUGUAAAUAAUAAAUUAUUAUUUAAUUAACUCAACUAUAAAUUUACAUUAUAGAGUGAUGGAUUCAGAGUUUAAUUUAUAAAAGAGAAUUAAUUUAUUUGGAUCCCUAGUAAUUAAGAUAUAAACAGAGUUUAUGUAUUUGAAUAAAAUGAUUGA